GACAUGUGACUUUGUUUACACGGAAGAGAAACGCAGACUACAAUUUCGGCUAACAAUUAUCUAUGAAUAAUAAUAACUACAAUGAAAGAAGAAUCUACCGACGUUGUGGUAAAAGAUGAAAUUCAUAAUCUCAUUGAAGUGUUUUCAAAAAAAUCGUACAAAGUUACUGGAGACACGAAGGUUGAUCCUGUUGCAGAGAAGUGUCUGAAACUGUUUUCAAAAGAUUAUCACUUCUCAGUGAUCAAUAAUACAGUUGGCAGUUUAUGUGCACACUACCCAAGCAAGAUUGUCAUUCUAGAAUACGAGAGAGCUAGUCCGUAUCAUGAAAGAGUGGAGAGCUUGUAUGACGGCCAUCACAUCAAGGAACUGUUCAAGCAGGCCAGAUUUGCGAGGUGUCGCUCCAGAUUUGUGGUACCAGUGAUCCUGCUAGACGGCAAGUAUGUAUGCAGAUCAGCAACAUUGGCCAGUGGAGCAGAAAUGUAUGGCCGUUCUGGUCUGGACUUCCUCACUGGUAAUGAACAAAAUCCUUCAAAAAUAAGAAAAACUUCUUCAGACAGUGAUCUACAGAUGUUUGAUAGAGUGCGGGGCCAAGACAUCAACAUAUUGAAAACCUUCUCUGUGAAAUAUAUUGUCGACCUGAUGGUUGAAAAGAAAAAAGUUAAAUUUGGGAUGAAUGUGACGUCCUCAGAGAAGGUAGACAAGGAGAACAGAUAUGGGGAGUUCUGUAUCAUCUCAGCCCCUUAUCCAGGUUGUGAAUUUUUCAAAGAGUGGCGGGACAACGGCUACAUGGGGGAGGACAUGAAAUUUGACUGGUCACAGGGUUUUGUAGAUGCAUGUUUGGACAUCCCUCCUACCGAAUUGUUGCAGGAACUUAGUAUUGAUUGGCAGCAGUAUAAGCAUUGGGAUCUAAUCCAGCUCACAAAGAACUACCUCAAAAUGCUUGUUCAUAUGUUUACCAAUGGAGACAAAGGGAUACUGGUGCACUGUAUAUCCGGCUGGGACCGCACACCCAUGUUUGUGUCCCUGCUGAGGCUCACGCUGUGGGCAGAUGGUCUCAUACACAAGUCCUUGUCGGCCACAGAGAUACUCUACCUGACUCUGGCCUAUGACUGGUAUCUCUUCGGACACAGCCUUUCAGAUCGCCUCAUGCGUGGGGAAGAAAUUUUGCUGUUUUGUUUCUAUUUCUUGCCACACAUAGCAACUGAUGAGUUUUCAGUGCAGUCAUUAAGGUCCACUAAGAGACAAAAGAGCUCUGUUGGACAGGAUAUUGCUGCCAAUGGUUUUCUGAGAACAACAGGAGACACAUAUUCCAAAGAAGUCAGAAAACACCUGAGUAGCGUGGGUAGUGGCGGAAGCAGCAGCGGAAGUGCCCGCAUCUCAGUGGAGAGGAAACGCAACUCCAGUUCCAGCAGCUUGAGUAGUAACGGCAGUUUUACCAUUGAACCUUGCUCACGAUACUUCUUGCAGUAUGAAAAUGAUGAGGAUAUUAUUGACGAACAAUCAGAUGUUAGUGCUCAAACAUCAUCGAAUUGUACAUUGUUACAAACCUCUCCCUGUCAGAGGUCCUCUAGUCCUAUGAUGGUGCCGGAAAACAGGGGCAGACAAUCCAGCCUUCCAGAUUCACCAACAUGUGGCAGUUGGCAGGUGAUAUCAGAGUCAGGGAGUCUGCUGUCGACAGAGUUGGGUUAUAGUGCCUUCAAACAUUCCAGUGGCCCAAACUCUUGUGAGGAGCCAAGUGUUUGUGAACAAUCUGAACGAUGGACCAGGCUGGACACUGUGGGGAGACUCUUUAACAACGCCUAUCAUAAUAAAGUGACUACGAAAUAUGUCCCAGAGUCCAAUGGAAUAACAAACUUGCUGGAUAGUUUCGCUGGAAAAUUUGGCUUCAGAAAGUAGUGACAGUGUUAGUAAUGUUUUGAUAAAUAGGUAAUUAGCUAGAAUUAACAUGCCAGUAUUAUAAUCCAAUUAAUAUUGACUGCUGGUCAGGACUUUGAAACCAAACUCAAUUGAAAGGACCAAAGCUUUGAUUCAUACUGGACAGGAACCAAAAGUCGAAGGAAAUAGCCUCAUAAAUCUAUCUGAUGUUUUCAAUAUGCAUUUUCAUUAAUGAAUUGAAUUUGCAAUUUCUAGUGUUUCUUGUUUCAAUUUCAUUAAUUUUCUCAAUAUUAUGAAUUGGAGUUAAGUACUUAAUGACGACUCUUAAUUACGCCAUAUUUGCCAAAAUGAAAAAUCACUGACUGAAAUGAAAAUAUAAAUUCAUGGUUAAAAUAGCCAAGAUAAAGUAUGCAUUCAUCCUUCAAGGAGUUUCAGAUGUACCGAAUUGAAAACUAAUUAAUUAAAUAUUGGUUAACAGUGUGCAAUCUGUAACCAUUCCCUACUUAAUUAAGCAAAAAUAUGUUCUUAUGGUAUACUGAUAUUGGUUGUGAUUCAAUCGUAAUCACAGGAAGGAAUCCCGUAUUUUUUUAUAUGUUUUAAUAGAAUAGAAUUAAAACAUAUAAAAAAAAUAUAAAAAAAUACGAGAUUCCCUUCUGUGAUUGUAAUCACUGUAUUUUUAUUAAAACUUGUCAGAAACUUUUGGAAAUUAACAGAUUGCUCUUGAAUAGGUUUCUGCAAUGAUUGUUUUCUCAUUUGACAAGAAAGUUUUUUAUGCCCCCAAAGGAGGGCAUAUAGUGAUCGGACUGUGCGUCCGUCCGUCCGUCUGUCCUUCCGUCACACUUUGUGUUUAGGUUUCUCAAAAAUGCUCAUAACUUUUAUGUCCCUUGAGAUAUAACCUUCAUAUUUGGUAUGCAUGUGUAUAUGGACAAGGUCUUUCCAUACCCAAAACAAUUUUGACCCCUGUGACCUUGACCUUUAACUUAGGGUCCGCAUAUAGGUUUUUAAAUCUGCGUUUAGGUUUCGAACAAUGCUUAUUACUUCUAUGUCCCUUGAGAUAUAACCUUCAUAUUUGGUAUGCAUGUGUAUAUGGACCAGGCCUUUCCAUACCCACACAAAUUUUGACCCCUGUGACCUUGACCUUGAACUAAUGGUCCGCGUUUAGGUUUCAAAAUCUGCGUUUAGGUUUCGAAAAAUGCUCAUAACUUAUAUCAAAGUGUUUAUAGGGGGCAUAUGUCAUCCUAUGGUGACAGCUCUUGUUUAUUAAAUUAUACAAGUUCAUUGAUUUUUGGUCCACUUGGGCUAUUGGUUCGUGACCAGUAUAUGUCAUUAUCAUAUAGUUUGUAAUGUUUUGUUUUGGUUUGUGUUAAAAUAUUUAAAGCGACCGAAUUCACUUCAUGAUGGCAUUUGAUAUUUUGAAUUCAUAUUGAACAUACAUGUACAAUACAGUUUACAUAUUAAUUAAAUGUGCUGGUACAUCAAAUCCGGUGUUCCUAUUUGCCAUAUUAGGUGACGAUAACAGUGGUUACUUGUGCUUACAGUGGCACUCCCCUUAUGCUUGUCUCAACAUAUAUAAAUUAUUAUAUUCGAGCUUUCAACUAGAAACUUAAUAGGUAGGUAGAUUUCUUUGCGAGGAAGUGCAGUGUACAAGAAUCAAUACUCUGCACCUCAUACUUUUGAAGUUAUUGAAAUUGGUUAAUUUUCAUACUUAUUUUUUCUCAACAGCAUUAGUAGAGAGAUUUUAGUGAGGGGAUUUUCAUUGCAUACAAACAAUUAUUCUACAUCACACACUUUUAUAGUUGCCCUUUAUUGCUUUUCCCAGUCACCAGGUCAAAACCUUGUUGCCACUCAAGAGGCAACAUUUAUGACACAAUCUUGAAACUUGGUAAAAAUGUUGUUGUUUUAACAAUAUAUAGACUGAUUUCAAGUCUGGGUCAUGUGCAUCCAAAAACUAUGUCACCAGGUCAAAUCUUAGAAACCCCUUAUUACCCAUCUGGCGGCAGCAUUUAUGACACAAAUUUAAUGAAACUUGGUAAGAAUGUUUAUCUUAAAGUAACAAUCACGCUCCAAAAUAUCGAAUAUUUCGUUAAAUAAAGCUAACCCAUAAAAAAAUCAAUGUUCCUUUUAGCAAAAUGCAAAAUUUCAACGUUAGAUGUUGUCUGGUAGAAUUGAUUUAACGAAAUACAAAAUGCUCGUUUUUAUUUUUUUGUGGCCACAAAUAAUUCCAUUUAUAUCUCCCGUGAAAUAUCCGAACAUUUACGGGCGAACAAGAGAUUGGAUACGGUUAGCGUCGGGAGCAUGACGUAACUCUCAUGAAUAAUCAUUUUGUGAAAUCCAAAUGAAUUCUGGGUAACUGGAACUUAGCGAAUGCGAAAAUGGCUUGUAUAAAUUAUGCAAAUGAACGCAACCCGAAUGAAUCCGAUCCUGACUCGAAAGCGAAAGUUGAUUACAUCGUGGAACGAUAUUUAGAUGCUUAAAACUUGCCGAAUGCUUGUAAUAUAACGUUUUUACAUCAAUGUUACUUGUUUUUAGGUUCUUCCUAUUGUAAUUAACCAUCGUAUGGAACUACUUGUUGUCGAAUGUUUUUAUAUAGCAUAAUACAGUAGCUGUAUGUAUUGGUGAGCGUGAUAGUGACUUUAAUCUAGACCAAGUUGGAAUCUGGGUCUCAUGCAUAAGAAACUAGGUCACCAAGUCAAAUGUUAGAAAAAUCCUAUUACCAAUCUUGAGUCAAUAUUUAUGACUUUUUACAAAACUUGGUCAAAUUAAAUGUUUAUUGACAUUUUUUAGGCUGUGUUCAAAUCUUGGUCAUGUCCAUUCAAAAAUACUAAAAAUGAAGAGUAAAUUUGUGUUGAAUUUAUAAACAUGUUUCUGAUUACCUCCUCUGUUUAUGUAACACUUGAGUAAGUAAUACAUUUUAACAACACAUAGACUUAAGGCUUUUAAAUAAAGACAUGGUAAUUGUGUAUUGGAAUAUUCAUUUUAAUUUUGAUGUUGGUUUGGUUGCUUUAUACAAUUAUUUUUGUCAAUAAAGGGAGCAUUUAUAAGAGAGCCAUUGUUCAAAUGCUGUGUUUUUUUCUUCAUUUCAAAUAAUUUGAAAUAGUGAUAGAUUUUUCUGUUCAACAAGUGGAAAUUCAGUUAUUAGUCACUCUUAGAAAAAUAUUUUUGAUUGCAAAAUUUGAUUUCUAGAGUAUUUCAGUUUGAUUUCUAGAUUAUGUCAAUUUAUGAAUUUUAGUGCAAGGUCAAUUUAUGCAUUUUAUAUUCAAGAAUUAUUUACACUGCCAUUAUAAUGUAUGGUUAAUUGAUUGUUCUAUCAUCAUUCAUUAUGUUGUGGGGUAAUUCUGCUUAUAUGGAAUAUAUAUUUUAUAUACAUUGUAUUUGUUCAUUAAACAUUUUCGUUUUAAAUUGUAAUGGUUUUUAUUUGAUAGUGGUUUUGGGUGGAACGUUUUGAUUCAGUAAAAUAUUGGGUGCUGGCUGUCUUAUUUUCUUCAGGUUGAAAACAAUCUAUUUCAAUUAUAUUUGGGCAUUUAAAAAAAAAAAAGAAAUUAACUGGCCAUGUUUUUUUAUAUAAUUUAUAUUUGGAAAUAAAAUGUAUGCAGUAUGAAUUGGUUGUGUAAACAUAAGCUACAAUUAUACAAACUGAUUAACGAUUAACAAGUGUGUAUCUAGAAAACAGAGAUUUAUGUGCUCAUAAAAAGUACAUUAGAGACUGAAUGAACCUUAAUAGAAAUUGAGUUAAAUAAAUAUUCUGCCAUUGAAAAUUAUGUUAUAAAUGUAAUAUUUGGAGCUUUAAAAAAAAAAUCAACGCUAACAAAUUACUCACGGUAAUACAGAAUCAUGUACACAUAAUGUUGCUAAAACUCUGUGAUAAUUCAUAUUUUAUUGCAAAAGUAAAUUUGACAUGCGUGUGAUUUUGUUCAUUCAAAUUCAAUGUAAAUUGUUUUCUUUGUUUAUUUUAAUGCUGCAUUGACAAGUGUCCAUUAAUUUUUGUUGAGACUGAAGCUUUUUUGUAUAAAUUCUGAUUUAGCACAACUAUUUUGGUUCACAUGUUGCUUUUAUAUUAUGAUGAUUGUUUCAAAAUGUGUUAUUUUUUCUAUUACAUAAUGUGCCAAGAUAAAUUUUAUCUAAUACCAUA